GCCAGUCUAUCCAUAUGGGGAUGGGGAAGCCUUGGCAUUGUCCUUUUUCUAGUAACCUUUGGACCCUUUGUAAUAUUUUAUUUGGCAUUUUAUAUCCUCUGCUUUGUGGGAGGGGGUUUAGUGGUUACUCUCCUGUAUGGGAAGACAAACUCAGAGAAGCACCUCGAGUUGUGUGAGCACUCGUUCCUUCCUCCAGCGCCACCCGGGGUCCCUAAGUGCUUAGAAGAAAUGAAACGAGAAGCCAGGACCAUUAAAAUCGAUAGAAGACUGACAGGUGCCAAUAUAAUUGAUGAGCCUCUCCAGCAAGUUAUCCAGUUUUCGUUGCGGGAUUAUGUCCAGUACUGGUAUUACACACUGAGCGACGAUGAGUCGUUUCUUCUUGAGGUUAGGCAGACUCUUCAAAAUGCACUCAUUCAGUUUGCUACUAGGUCAAAAGAAAUUGACUGGCAGCCUUAUUUUACUACACGCAUUGUCGAUGACUUUGGCACUCACCUGCGAGUAUUCAGAAAGGCUCAGCAGAGAGCAACAGAGAAAGAUGAUCAAGUCAAAGGUACAGCAGAGGAUCUGGUGGAGACCUUUUUUGAAGUUGAAGUUGAAAUGGAGAAGGAUGUUUGCCGGGACCUAGUGUGCACUUCUCCCAAAGAUGAAGAAGGAUUCCUAAGGGAUUUGUGUGAGGUUUUAUUAUAUUUAUUGCUACCUCCUGGAGAUUUCCAGAACAAGAUCAUGCGAUACUUUGUCAGGGAAAUCCUUGCACGAGGAAUUCUUCUUCCAUUAAUAAAUCAACUCAGUGAUCCUGAUUAUAUUAAUCAAUAUGUCAUAUGGAUGAUCCGUGAUUCAAAUUGCAACUAUGAGGCCUUUAUGAACAUUAUUAAAUUAAGUGACAAUAUUGGAGAGUUAGAAGCAGUCAGAGAUAAGGCGGCAGAGGAACUACAAUACCUUAGAUCUUUAGAUACAGCUGGUGAUGAUAUUAACACUAUUAAAAAUCAAAUAAAUAGCUUAUUAUUUGUAAAGAAAGUAUGUGACUCAAGAAUACAGCGGUUACAGUCAGGCAAAGAAAUAAAUACUGUGAAGCUAGCAGCAAACUUUGGCAAACUUUGUACAGUCCCCCUGGACAGCAUUCUUGUAGACAAUGUUGCACUACAAUUUUUUAUGGAUUACAUGCAGCAAACUGGGGGUCAGGCCCACCUCUUCUUCUGGAUGACAGUGGAAGGCUACCGGGUCACAGCUCAGCAGCAGCUGGGGGUCUUACCACGUCACCAGAGAGACGGGGGACAGCAGACCACCCAGACCAGAGGUCUGCUGAGAGCAGCUGCCGUUGGGAUCUACGAACAGUACUUGUCUGAGAAGGCAUCUCCAAGAGUUAUUGUUGAUGACUAUUUAGUAGCAAAAUUAGCAGAUACUUUGAAUCAUGAAGAUCCAACUCCAGAAAUCUUCGAUGACAUUCAAAGAAAGGUGUAUGAACUGAUGCUGCGGGAUGAAAGGUUUUAUCCUUCCUUCAGGCAGAACGCUCUCUAUGUGCGGAUGUUAGCUGAGCUUGACAUGCUAAAAGAUCCUAGUUUCAGAGGAUCGGAUGAUGGGGAUGGAGAAUCUUUUAAUGGAUCUCCUACAGGAAGUAUAAAUUUGUCUUUGGAUGACCUUUCAAAUAUGUCCUCUGACGAUCCUGGCCAGCUUCAUGCCUACAUUUCCGACACUGUAUAUGCUGACUAUGACCCAUAUGCUGUGGCAGGCGUUUGUAAUGAUCAUGGCAAGACAUACGCGCUGUACGCCAUCACUGUACACCGGCGCAGUCUAAACACUGAGGAGAUGUGGAAAACCUACCGGCGUUACAGUGACUUCCAUGACUUCCACAUGAGAAUCACUGAGCAGUUUGAAAAUCUGUCGAGCAUAUUGAAACUCCCUGGUAAAAAGACUUUUAACAACAUGGACAGAGACUUUUUAGAAAAGAGGAAAAAAGAUUUAAAUGCCUAUUUGCAGCUACUCUUAACUCCUGAGAUGAUGAAAGCAUCCCCAGCCUUGGCACACUGUGUGUUUGAUUUCCUUGAGAACAAAGCCUACAGUAAAGGGAAAGGAGAUUUUGCUCGUAAGAUGGACACUUUUGUAAAUCCGCUUCGCAACUCUAUGAGGAAUGUGUCAAAUGCAGUCAAAUCCCUUCCUGAUAGCUUGGCGGAGGGAGUGACAAAAAUGUCUGACAACGUAGGCAGAAUGUCUGAGAGGCUGGGGCAGGACAUAAAGCAGUCGUUCUUUAAGGUGCCUCCUUUAAUUACGAAGACUGAUUCGGAUCCUGAGCAUUGUCGAGUCUCAGCUCAGCUCGAUGAUAAUGUAGAUGACAAUAUUCCACUUCGGGUAAUGCUUCUUCUAAUGGACGAAGUGUUUGAUUUAAAAGAGAGAAACCAGUGGUUGCGAAGGAAUAUCAAAAACUUACUGCAGCAGCUGAUUAGAGCUACGUAUGGGGACACCAUUAACAGAAAAAUAGUUGACCAUGUUGACUGGAUGACCUCUCCCGAGCAGGUAGCUGACUCAGUGAAGCGAUUCAGAGAUGCAUUUUGGCCCAAUGGCAUUUUAGCGGAAGCUGUUCCAUGCAGAGACAAAGCCAUCCGAAUGAGAACAAGAAUCGCAGGGAAAACAAAGUUGUUUGCAGUUAUGCCAGAUGAACUGAAGCACAUCAUUGGAGCGGAGACCACACGGAAAGGUAUUCUUCGUGUCUUUGAAAUGUUUCAGCACAACCAGCUAAAUAGGAGAAUGGUGUAUGUCUUCUUAGAAGGCUUUUUAGAAACCCUAUUUCCACAGUAUAAAUUCCGGGAACUUUUCAACAAACUUCAUUCAAGGUCAAAGCAGAUGCAGAAAUAUAAACAGAAACUUCAAAGUACUCAAGCGCCUUCUGUACAGAAAAGGUGACACUCCACCCUGUAAGCCUGGUGUGCACUUCUCCAGGACUAAUGGUGUGACUCGUGUACUGUUGCAUCUACACUGGUCUUUCCGUGUCUCCAAACAGACCCUAGUUCAUCCAGAAGACUGGGCCUCCUCAUUCUCACCUAUAAUCCAGCCACUACCAAGAGAGAAUCCUGUGUCUUAAAUGAUUUGGUGCAUUCUUUGCAACAUUGAGAGGAUACUGCCCCGUCUCAUUCAAGACUGGAGUUGGUCUCUUUUGUUCCAAACAAAUCAGCGUUCUCCAGCAGUGGUGAAGUGCCGGAGUGUACUUAGGAGCUAGGGAAGCACAAAGCAAUGGAUCCUAGGUCGCGAGCUUGUUAACUUUGCACACUGCGGUGUGACUGGGAGAGGUGUGUGCCCCUCGGUAAUCUCGUGGGCCGUUGCCAGCAUCCUGCUGUCAUGUGGGUCAGCAGGUGAGCGAUCUUUAGAACAAAUGUCUCAAGGUCUGGGAAAAGUGACAGGACACCCUUUGUGUAGGAAUAACUCUUCUCCAGAAUUACAGUUUGGUUGUGUAAAGUAAAACUCUAUAAAAUAGAACCAAUCAAAACUAGAAUUUGAUUGGAUUUAUUACUCACUGGUAUAAAUCUCCAUAGAUUUGUAUGUGCUCUAAGGGCUCAGCUCGCUCUUAUGGUACUCCACUCUCUCCUUUUCCUUUGGCAUUCUGUGCAGAAGAAGCAUGUGGUAGCUCUCUUAUAAGUUCAAAUUUUUUAAAAAUCUUUUAACAGAUUACUGAUUAUAUAGAAGGGGAAUUAUUUAUUGUAAGAACUGCCAAAUACAUUCUGUCCUUCAAAAAAUUGGAAAUUUAAACAGUACUCUAUUAAAAGGUACCAUAUGAUAACUUUAAUCAUAUGAUCUAGACAUGCCUUAGGUAACUACCGACAUAGCAAAUCAAAGGAUUAAUGAGCUUAUAGUCCUAUGUAAACAUACAAAUGCCUAAUUCUACUAUGUGUACAUAUAUGAAAAUAAAUAAUGAAAACAGAACUGUACUAUUUUUUAAAAUAUGCUUUUAUUUAUAUUUCGCAUAAUGUAAAAUUCUAAAUAAAGCUAGUACACAAAACCCUUUGGUGUAUACAUUUAACUCCCUAAUAUAAUUUUAUAUAUCAGUGAAGCAAAAUACCUUUUCCAUUUUUGAAGCCUUUACAUUUCCUGGUGUUUCCCAUUUGUCCAUUAAGAAGUCUUCAUAUCCCACGUAUGCAGGAUUUCUGUACUUUUAAAUACUUCCCAUGACUAGGGGUUUGGGAUAUAUCAGCUCUUUUUGUUUUACAAAUAUUUAACACUAAAACCUUAAAAUAGUGAAGCUACUUUUCAGACCACGAGCCAGUAUCCUGGUGUUAGAACGUUUGGGUGCUCACAGUAAAGGACAGAGUAUUGAUGUCCCGGUUAUUUGGGAGCUUUGAGAUUGGGACAGUAUAUCCGUGUCUUGCUUUCGCUUAGAUCCUUCUCACCCAGGAAAACCUGCGAACAGAGGGAGCCUUCCUGAAAAGCUCUGUGAUGUUCAUCAGUGCUGCUGUGCAUAUCUCUUAUGCACAUAUUCAGCACGUGUUGCAUGUCUUUCAGAAUUGCAUAAGUAGAAUCCUUUUCUUGCAACUUUCAAGUAAGAAAAGACACUAUUUCUCUGGUGUAAGAACUGUUUCUUAUACUCACCAUACAUCCUUUCCUUGCCCUGCCAGCCCCUUCCUCUACGCAGGCUUAAAUGGAUGUGUCAAACACACCUGUAGGGAGCCAGCGUAGCCAAGUGCAGUGGUCUUCAUACAUGUCCCUGCCCGUUCCAAUUAUAUUUUUACAUGAAUAAAUCUUAGUAUAUACAGAAGAAUUCAUGCAAGAGCCUAGUGUGUACAUGUGAAAUGCAUUUCUAUGUAAAGUGAGAAAACUGACCGUUAACCAGGGGAAAAAAGGUCAUAUAAAAUGCACAUGCUCCUGAUAACCCUGCCACACACCUGCAGCCACACCAAACAGAACCAUUUGAGUGAAAACACAGCCAUUUGAGCAAAUGUUUGUAAAAUAAUUUUUUGAGAAGAGUCUAUAUUUCAGGAGCAGAAAUGUCAAAUGGUCACGUGUCUACUUGUCUGUGCUUUCCCAUGGAGAGUGUGGCCGUGCUAUGGCUGCGGAUUACCUAUUGAGUGACUUGGUCCAGCUGUGUAUUUAACCCAGACGCCAAGUACAGUGUGCCACAUAUAAUAAAGUUGUUAUAUCUCGGGCAUUUAUUGCACAUAUGAGCAUACACGAAGAAGCUUUAUGUCUUCUCAUGUUGAGUUUCUGAAUGCUUUCAAGUCAGUAGUGCCUUUAGGCAAGGACCUUCAAAAUUAAUCAUUCUUUUGGAUUUUCUGAUUUUUUUUCAAGUAAUAUGUAACUACAUAGAAACCAUCACAACUCAUUAACCUAAAAUCUGAUUGUAUGACUUUAAAUGUAGCACUCAGAUGAGUAUUUCUUAUAAUUAGGGUAUUCUGUGUAGUUCCUGGAAACAGUCGUGCCAUUGACCAAUGGAUGCACUUUGUUAGCCUUAAUUUAAAACAAACAAAAAAUUCUUGAAUAUUUCAGUUUGAUCACUGUAAGUUUUUGCUGCAGAUUCUUGGGGAAAAAUAAAUCAAACAGUUAAAUGUAACCUAAAAGUGUACCAAUUUUAAAAAAUUAAGAACAACCUAAAUUUCACGAUCUACAGUUUUAAUUUUGUGCAAUAUUUUCAUUUGAUGCAUGUUUAUUUGAGUAAUUGUAAAAUAAGUACAUUUUUAAUGUUUUGAGAUCUAUAGUUCUGUUUUCUUAAUCCAACAACUUCAUUCUGUUGUUGCUGCACCUUAAUUAAGGACUUGUUUUAAAAGUCUUCUUGUCACUUGUAAAGUUUUUUUUAUCAGUAGGAAAUUUUGCUUAUGGGGCCUGGCUCCUGUAUUAUAAGGGAAAACUAAAGAGCACAUUCUCAGUUUGUCAGAAAACGUCCCUCGUGCCCAUCACUGUACAUACGUGUCUGUUGUGCCUACCUGCUUUGUCACUGCUUUCCUCCUCCAGGGGGACCAUCAGAAUGUCAGUUAUUUUUAUUAACUAAAAAGAUUAAAAUUUUUAUUUGGUUUGUGUUAUAUUCUGUCCAUUAGAAAAUACUAAUAAAAAUAUUAACAAACACUUUCA